CGGGGACUCGGGACUCCGCGGAGGGAGGCGGCGGCGGCGGCGGCGGGGGCGGCGGCCAGGGACGCGGGCCACCAUGGACAUGGAGAGGCUGCAGGAGGCGCUCAAAGACUUUGAGAAGAGGGGCAAGAAGGAAGUUUGUCCGGUGCUGGAUCAGUUUCUUUGUCACGUAGCCAAGACCGGAGAGACGAUGAUCCAGUGGUCCCAAUUUAAAGGCUAUUUUAUUUUUAAAUUGGAGAAAGUAAUGGAUGAUUUCAGAACGUCAGCUCCUGAACCAAGAGGUCCUCCGAACCCUAAUGUUGAAUAUAUUCCCUUUGAUGAAAUGAAGGAAAGAAUUCUGAAAAUUGUCACUGGAUUCAAUGGUAUUCCUUUUACUAUUCAGCGACUUUGUGAAUUGCUAACAGACCCAAGGAGGAACUAUACAGGAACAGACAAAUUUCUCAGAGGAGUAGAAAAGAAUGUGAUGGUUGUUAGCUGUGUAUAUCCAUCUUCAGAGAAAAACAGUUCUAACAGCGUAAACCGGAUGAAUGGUGUUAUGUUUCCUGGAAACUCACCAAGUUACACUGACAGGUCUAACAUAAAUGGUCCUGGAACCCCCAGACCAGUAAAUCGACCAAAGGUUUCUUUGUCAGCCCCCAUGACAACAAAUGGUUUGCCUGAGAACACAGAAGGUAAAGAGUCAAAUUUACAACUAACUGAGGAGAAAAACCACAGUGAUUCAUCGACAUCUGAUUCAGAAGGUACCCAAGCGAGUCCUGUAAAAAAUAAACACUCUGAUGAAGACUCUGUGGAAGCUGAGGGACAUGAGGUAAAAAGACUCAAAUUUGACACAGAAGGUGAAGACACAACCAACCAGAAUUCCCCUGGUGAGAUGUCUUCAGCUGUGGUAGAAGAAACAGGAACGCCAUCUGCAUCUCAGGAUAAAGACAGAGGAAACAGCUCUGCCAGACAGCGUUGUACAGAAGAGGAAGAGGAGGAGGAAGAAGAAGAGGAGGAGGAGGAAGAAGAGGAAGAAUCUUUUGUAACCUCACAAGAAAUUCCUCCAGAAAGAAAAGAUCAGGAAAAAGAGACUGAUGAGGCCUUAACUGUGAGUGAAGAGACUUCUGAGGAGAGUAAUCAAAUGGAGGAAUCUGUCCUCUCUCAGGAAGACCUUAAAGAUUUGCAUUCUGAAGACAGUGAAAACACAAGACCUGUAAGUAGUGGUGCUGAUUGCAGUGAAACGGAAGAGUUAGGAACCUAUGCCAGUGAAACUCGAGAAAUUCCAUCCGAAUCCCCAAUGGAAAACAGUGAUGAGGCCACAGACGUUGCGGAAGAACCCAUGGAGCAAGACUAACUAUGAAACCCACUUAGAUGCAGUAUUUUACAUAAGGCCCUGAUUUUCCACUGUAUAAAACUUUUAUGUAAUAAAGUGGACCUUUAGUUUUACAAGAGAAGCAGGUUGUAAAAUAUGAUUCUUCAUGGAAUAAAUCCUGAAAGAGUUUUACACGUAAGAACUGUGAAUAUCGACUCCUUCAGGUCCUGCUUACCGCUGACUUUUUGGUCUGGUCAAAUCAGUGGUAUGUGUAUAGAUUUUUUUUUAAUUUAGAAUAAAAGUUUUUAAACUGGAAGGUAAUUAUAAUUUUGACAAACUUUUUGGAGAUUACCACAUUUAGUUUAUACAUAUGCAAGAAAGCUUUUUGUCUUGUCUAUUUCUGACAGCUCUAGCAGUUUUCAUAUUUUGGUCAUAGUUUCAACAUUUUAACAUGUGAAUUAUAGGGUUUCAUGCUGGUUUCCAGAUUUUAUUGUUUGACUAUGUACAAUGGAACCUUAAGUCAUAAAUACAUAUAAAUAUAUAUAUACUAUUCUAAGGGGGAAAAUGUUCUAUUUUUCUGUUUCUAUAAGAGAUGAAUACAGUGAAUACUUUUUCUAUUGGAAAUAAUUGAAUUCACCUCUUUCAGAAAGAAAUUUCUUUCACUUCUGAAUAAUUCAAAUAAAAUCUGGCCCCUAUGAAACCCUGGAAAUCUUUAACAUUGUUGAAAAAUACCAGGUUAAACACAUUCCAAGAAAUCUGUUCAAACUACAACCCUUUUGUAUACUUCUGAGGUGCCUGACUAAAAGGACUUCAUUUAUUUAUGAGAAAAAUUUACUUUAUGUUAAGAACAGUCUUCAACCAUUAGCUUAAUAUUUUUUAGGGUGAAUGCUUAUGAAGCUGAUGUGAGAACAUCUCAGAAGAACUGGGCAGGUUACUUGACCUUCUGCUUGCUUCUAUGAACAUUGUGAAUAUUACACAUUUCUUUCUAAAUUAUUUGAAAGUAUGCAAAUGGAUUUGGUAUGAUACACCACUGUACUGGAGGAAUUAAUAUAUUACCUAGUUAUGUACCUGAGCUAAAUGAUUGAAAGUUCUAGGGGUGCAUAGAAACCAACAUAAUUUGUAUGACAUUUUGAAGUGAAUUAAAUAUUUUUGAACAUGCUAGUCCGACAGCCAGUGUUAUAUUUUUCAGAUCAGCGCAAAGCACAACUACUGCUCAACUCAAUGUUUUCAGAUUCCCAUAAAGUCACGCAAGCUGCAACUUCCCAGUCAAAAUUACUGGCUGCCAAAUUUAUACCUGUUUCUUCAACUGUACCUUUUUGAUAUUUAGAAUUUUUAAAUUUCUGUAAAGUAGAUUUUGUAGAUUGUAAUGUGUUCACUGCCUUUGUGAAGCGGUAUAUAAUUGUAUAAUUUCUGUGUGUAAACUGAAUGCUUGGGCUUUCAAUACAGUAUUCAUAUAAAGCAAUAAAUAUUAAUGUUAUAAAAUAUUCGAGUACAUUUUUAUCAAAACAAAAGGAUACGUUUUUUAGUUUUAGAUGCCUGAAAUACACAAAUGGAUGAAAAAGUUGACGCAAUUUCUGAUACCGUAUCAUAUGCUUUACGAAUGAUUUGGGGAAAAACACAGGUUGUGGAUUUUGUCUGUUUAAAUUUUCUUUACCAAAACACCAGAAUAAUUUGGCUCAGUUUCUAUAUUUGUAGAGUACUUAUUACUGACUGUCUUGUCUGUCAGGUUCACAGCAGCCAGAGGAUAUAUUUAAGAAUGUUUGAUAGUUAAAAAAUAAACAAACAAACAAAAAAAACACAACACGGCACGUUGAUUAGUGUCUCCCAGAGAGAAAAGAAAAUCAAACAUUGUAAAUUUUUUUUUAUUUUUUCAAAAUUGCUAACUGCAGAUGUGUUUAAUAAAAAAUAAACGUUCAAAAUGUUGAAAUGAAGCAAGGUUAAAUAUGACAUUCAUUCAUAGUAAAAUUUUACUUUUUUGUUAAGGGAUAUUUUGCCAAUGAGAACAAAUUUUAAACAUUUUAAGUUUAGAAAUUUUGGAAUUUCCUUUAGGAUUUUUUGUGAAAUACUGUCAAUAAACCUAUUCUUUAAGCACCUAUGACCUUUUGAUAUUUUUAUUUUAAUAGUUGUAGUGCCAUGGACUAUUUGUUAAUAUAAUGAUUAUAAUCAAUUUACUUUUGUCAAUUUUAAGUUUUAAAAUUUAGCAACGUGGUUUUGUGGUCUGUGAACUUGUAAACUUGCAAUUGCUGUUGUUGCAAGGGUAAAUGCAUCUCUUUAUUAAAUAAAGUCAAAUAAUGAUGAAUGUA